UUGCGCACUUGUACAUACGUGACUGCGCGUGCUCGGUCAGUCCGCGCGGUCCGCGCUAUCGAUGCAACAGAUAUCUACUCUACGCAAUUAACUGUCACAUUUAAACUGAAACUCUUUUCUAGUGCCUAGCGACAGUGAAAAUUUUCACAUUUGUGCGUUACGUAUUAAAAUUGACAAUUGUGGAAUUUCAACGGUGAGGAGGACUCUCAUCUUGGGUAUAUUUUCGGUAUAUCGGAGCCAGCAUGAUGAGGGAAGGCUCAUUGUAACUUGUAACACGUGCGUCUCCUGCACGGAAGCGACAGGCUGAGAUACGGUGAGCGCAAUGUUGAAUACGUUGGCACGGCGAACGAUAAGUCUCCUUCGUCGCGAGAUCACUACCCAGGUGAGACGGUGCGGGGUAACCUCGAGGCCACUGCACGAGAGAGCCUGGAAACGAAGGAGAAUGGGCGACGCGGCGUUCUCGAGGGUCGACCCGGUCGUCACGAAGCUGGACAGCCCAGAGUUCCGCUCCAUCUUCAGCCCGGAGCUGCAAAUCCUCGCGGGCCUCUUCAGGAAGCACAAUUACGAACUGAGGAUCGCCGGCGGCGCGGUGCGCGACAUCCUCACGAGCGUGCAGCCCAAGGACCUCGACUUCGCGACUGACGCCACGCCGCAGCAGAUGAAGGAGAUGUUUACGGAGGAGGGGGUCAGGAUGAUAAACGAGAAGGGCGAGAAGCACGGGACGAUCACGGCGAGGAUAAACAACGCGGAGAACUUUGAGAUCACCACUCUGAGGAUCGACGUUCUUACGGACGGCCGGCAUGCGCAGGUGGAGUUCACCAAGGACUGGAAGCUGGACGCCAACCGGAGAGAUCUCACCAUCAAUUCCAUGUUCCUUGAUCUCGAUGGCAGGGUGUACGAUUAUUUCUACGGCUAUGACGACCUGAAGAAGAGGAGGGUGGUCUUUGUGGGCGACGCCGGUGUCAGGAUAUGCGAGGAUUAUCUUCGAAUCUUAAGGUACUUUCGUUUUUAUGGAAGAAUAAUGGACAGCCCAGAUGAGCACGACGAGGCUACACUGAGGGCGCUGAAGGGGAACAUUGACGGCCUGCAACAGAUAUCCGGCGAAAGGAUCUGGAGCGAAUGGAACAAGAUCCUGUCUGGCAAUUUCGCUCCGGAAUUGACUCUGAAGCUGCUCGAGUGCGGCGCCGCCAGACACAUCGGCCUACCCGAGGAACCCGACGUGGAGAACUUCCGAAACGUUUGCGAGCGCGCGCGGUCCAAUAACGUGGCCUUGAAGCCCAUAUCCCUGAUCGUAUCGAUGUUGAGGGAUCAGCGCGACGUGAUCAAGUUAUACGAGAGACUGAAACUGUCCAGAUACGACAGAGAUCUGGCAUUCUUCCUUGUGCAACACAGGGGAUGCGAGCCCUGCGGAAGCUCGCUGAAACCUUAUCAGCAGCUGGUUCUGCUCCAGCAGACAGCGAGGUACAGCAUUCUCCAGGAUUAUGUGAAGGAGUUGCUGAGGUAUCACGGUGCAAUGCAGCUCCUGGACGAAUUCGAGCGAUGGACAAUUCCGAAAUUUCCUGUCAAUGGCGACAUGUUGAAGAGCGUGCCGAUCCACCAGAUGAUCGGCAGCGUCUUGGGACAACUGAAGAAAAUAUGGAUUGACGCGGAUUUUAAGCUUACCGGCGAGCAGCUUAUGGAGCACGUGCCGGGUAUAGUCGGCGAAUUGGAGGAAAAAUACCAAGCGCUAGGUAAAGAGAGGAAAAAGAAAUUGAAAACUGGGAAAUAAACUUUUUGGAAAAUA